GAAAGUUUAUUUAAGAAAUACAAAAGGAAAAGAAAAAGAAAAGCAGUUCCUUAGUCUGGCACACAAAAGCAAUCUCACUGGCCACUACAAUAUAACAUAACAUAACAUACCUUUCUUCUCAUAUAAACAACCUGUCUUUUUUCUCACCACGUUUAGCAUAUCCUUUGCCUCCUUAACGACCAAGCAAUUCAUCAUCUACUUAUUACCAAACUUCACAACAAAACUUCAAAAUUAAAUUUCAAACAAUCAUGGGAGCUGAUUGGGGACCAGUGAUUGUUGCUGUUGCUUUGUUCAUUGUCUUGUCACCAGGGUUGCUCUUCCAGUUUCCAGCAAGGAGUAGAGUUGUGGAAUUUGGUAACAUGAGUACUAGUGGAAUUUCUAUUCUGAUUCAUGCUAUUAUAUAUUUUUGUAUACUUACUAUCUUGAUUGUGGCUAUUGGUAUUCAUGUACACUUUAACUGAAUCCAGAUUUUCAUUCAGAGAAGAAAAAUAAUUGAAUUAAAUUUUGGUUGUUAGACAUGACAAACAUGCCAUAAGUAUGUUUGUGUUUGUUUACAUUUUUUUUUUUAAUUUUUGUGUUUUUAGUUUCCUUUUAAGGUUUCUUACAUCGGUUUCUUGAACGAUGAUGUAAUAAUAUUGAGUUAUUGUUCAGAAAGAAAAAAGAUAUGUAACUAUAGGAAUUAUAUAUUUUGUUACUAUAUAAUUUUUUUUUUAUUUUUUGUCUCAAUUUUUUAAUUCUACGAGAAUGAGUCCAUAUUAAUUUGUAAUUUAAUGUGAGGUGAAUAAGAUGUAGCCCUUCCUAGAAAAGAAAAGUUAGAAAGAGUAAAGUGUUGGAUACAAUAAUUAAUCUGAGAGGAUGCGAAUUUGCAGCUAUGUCUUGGUGUAAACCACGAUGCAGAGAUUACAAAAGCAAACUUGUAACUUUCCAUGGUGAGUCAGAGGCGUUUUCUUUUUGCGGAAAUGAGAUAGCUGCGUUUGAUAUGCAUAUUUAAAGUUAUAGAUAUAAAAAAUAGAUAGUAGAUCUCACUAUUAAGUAGAUUAAUUGGAUUCUACCUCUGUUUUAAAAAUCUGAUCAAAUCAGUCGGUCAAACUGAUUGAAUCGGGAAUCGAAAGGAUCAUUGGUCUGAU